AUGGAAGAGUUUAUUAGUGACGCAAAAUUUCUCAUUAUAAAAUUUGAUGAAAUUUUGAAUGACAAAUUGGUUAUCGAGCUUGUUCCAACUUCAUGGGUUUCAGAACUUGACAGUGGUUGGGUAUGUAAAUAUCCUCCUCACCAUCAUUAUAAGUUCUUGGACCGCUGGGUUGAAGAAGAAAGCGAUCCAGUAGAUACUUGGAAAACUUUUACAGAUGUUUCGAUCAUCAACAAAGCUUAUGACUACGAACAAGGUAAACGUCGGCUUAAACGGGCAUUUACGUCAUUGUCUCAGACAGAAAGUACUGACAUAGAAAAUAACAAAAAUAACAAAUACAGACCACCACAUAUUUCUAAGACAUUGGCAAAAUCUAUGUUAACUGAGUCAGUAAUUUUGUCAACCCAAUCGAAUUUAACAAAAAAUCAAAACAUCACCAGAGACCUUCAUUGCAGUACAAGUCAUAACUCCGAACGUCCAAAUAGUACAGCUGCGAGCAGUGACGAUGUUCAUCAAGUUCAAGGUACAUCAAAUAAUCAAAAUGGUCCAGCAAGAGUGACCCGAAAUACCACAAAAGAAAAGUUACAACAAUUAUAUGAACAAAUGGACGGUUCACAACAAAUCUUUGCUCAAUACAUGGAUCUUCUGGUCACUAGUAAAGUUAACAGUGCCAAACUUAGUCUCCAGUAUGAUUUUGACGCUAAAAUCAAUCAACUGAAACUGGCAAUGAGUUCUUCAGGGUCAAAUGUCCCUGAUGGAUUACUAAAUGAACGGCAAAACAUCUUAAUAUCCUUGCCAAUAGAAAAUUUGAACAAAUUUCUUGAUUUCGAUGAGGAACUUAAUUUAAGUUUAGAAAAACAACAAGCUCUUAAACUGCACUUCAAAAUUAUCACUGCAGGAUUUAAAGAAUACGAGAAAGACAUUAAAACCAUCAUUGCCAGUAUAAUUAAAAAAACAGUCCAACUGGAAUACAGUGGCACAGGUCGGCAAAUGAGAGGAGUUGGAAAAAAAAACUUUUCGGCGACUUCGGUUUAUCAAUGUUUAAAAGAAUUUAUUGAAGAAAAAUACCGAAGUGCUGAAGCACCUCCUAAGAUUUUGUCUGUCACCAGUAACUAUUUAGCUGGUUCAGGUGACCGAGAGGGUGGUAGAAAAGCUCGCACUAUUUCCGUUUAA